GAACCACUAGCUGUCGUAUGUGUAAUUCGUUAUAGAAAACCAGUCGGACUGCUUGGCGCUCGCUGUCCCGUCCACUGCGGUGCAUCAUCACUCCAUAGUCACUCGUGUUUUGCUAACCGUCCGGAAUAUCAUGUCUUCCAACCCACGUGUGUCCAUUAAAAAAGUGCUCAUCAGCGACGCUUGCGAUCCAGCGUGCGCCGCCCUCUUGGAAAAAAACGGCAUACAAGUGCAGUCCAAGUACAAGCUGCCCGUUGACGUUCUCGUCGAAGAGCUGAAGACCGGUUCGUACGAUGGGUUGGUGGUCAGGUCAGACACAAAAGUAACCAAAGCCGUGUUGGAAGCCGGAGCUCAGAGUGGACUCAAAGUGGUUGGCCGAGCCGGUACGGGAGUGGAUAAUAUCGACUUGGAGUCGGCCACUAACGCCGGAAUCCUAGUCCUCAAUACUCCCGGCGGAAAUUCCAACAGUGCUUGUGAAUUGACAUGCGCAUUGAUCAUGUCGUUGGCUCGGCACGUACCUCAAGGCUGCCAGUCUUUGAAAGAAGGUAGAUGGGACCGUAAAGUAUACAUGGGUACCGAACUGAAAGGCAAAACUCUAGCAAUUUUAGGUUUGGGGAGAAUCGGCCGAGAAGUAGCAUAUAGAAUGCAAGCUUUCGGUAUGAAGACUGUGGGCUACGAUCCUGUUAUUAGCAAUGCAUCCGCUGCAGAAUUUGGAGUAGAACUGUUGGGUCUGGAAGAGAUCUGGCCUGUCGCCGAUUACAUCACUGUGCACACGCCUCUCAUUCCACAAACUAAAAAUCUGAUAAACGAAGACGUUUUCAACAAAUGUAAGAAUGGGGUAAAGAUUGUCAACGUGGCCAGAGGAGGAAUUAUCGACGAGGCGGCUUUGUUAAAAGCGCUAAACAACGGACAAUGCGAUGGAGCCGGGCUGGACGUACUGACGGAGGAGCCCCCGAAGAGCACGGAACUAAAAACUCUCAUAGCACAUCCAAAGGUCAUAGCCACUCCUCAUUUGGGAGCUUCUACGCUAGAAGCCCAGACCAAAGUGGCCGAAGAAGUAGCUCAGCAGUUUGUCGCUUUAGCUAAUCCCAACAGCAUUUACCCUGUAAACGGUCUGGUUAACAAACUGAAGAACGGCGUCUGACAAGCAAAUAUUAUAUCAACGCAUACCUAAAUUGUAAUGACUAGGUAUAUAAUAUAUUACACCCGUCGUAUACACGUUUUAUUUUUGUAAAACAAAGUCUACAUGUUUAACUAUGGGACCAUAGUUGUUAUUAUAUUUUAAUAAAAUCUAAUAUUUAACAUUAAAAAACAAAAAAUUAUAUAUAAGUAUUUUAUAAUAAAUUAUGAUAAUAAACCGCUGA